AUGGCGUUGCCAACCUUUCGGUCCGCCUUUGCUACGCGCAAGUUUGAUGCCGAGGCUGCCAUUGCGGCCCGGCGCCAGUCAGAACAGGCCCACCGUCAGAAUUGGCAGCAAACAGCCAAUUAUUUCCAGCGGGAAAACGUGCGCGCUGACAAGGUCGCCGAAUGGAACUCUUUACAAUCCUUUCAGCGCAGCAUGCGCUCGGCGCAAAACAGCAUUCGCGAUGAGAUCAAACCUGAACGCUUGGCACAGCGACGCGAUCGCCUUUCUCGGUUGUUGCAAAUGGAAAAGUGCGCUGCCCAAAACCUUCGCCCGUAUCUGCCUCUGCCCCCCUCCCCCCUCCCUCCUUUGCUCAGCACAAUGGUUCCCGACGAUUAUCCUUGCAGCGUGGCAUACGAGCAGGAGCUGCGGGACAUCGGACCACCGCGCGAGGACUAUCAAAGUAUGCGGACGCGCCUGGCUGACCUCAAGCUCCAACGCGAGCAGGAACGGCGCCUCGAGGCUGAGUCUCGCCUCCAUCAAGCAUGGGCUGAUAAUGAUCCGGAUAUGCGUCAAUUGCGCUCCAACCGCAUGCGUGCCUACUAUGAGACUCAACGCGAGCAGCAGGCUUCCGAUCGUCGUGCAGACAUUGAGGAAGAGCAGCGUGCAGCUGCAGCUGAGCGCCGUCGCUUGGAACUUGAAGCCGAGCGCGCACGCGAGGCUGACCUCGAACGCCAGCGUCGUCUCCGCGACAAAGAGCUUCAGCAUCAGGAAGACCUCGACCGCCAAGUACAGCUGCUACGUGAGCGGGAGGCCGAGGCCGAGCGGCUGCGCCGCGAACAUGACCAACUUCUGCUGGAACAAGCUCGGCUAUAUGAGGAAGAGGAACGUCGCAAGCAGCGCGCGGCCCAAGAACAACAGGCACACUACGGGCGUACUCUUCGUUCCCAACACAAAGCCGCCAUGAUGCGCCGGUCACGUCAGCUGCAGGAAGAGCUGGAAACUGAUUUGCGAAUGCUUGAGGCGCUGGCUGAAGCCGAGGCGCAGGACAAAGAUCUCAAGCUGCAACGACGCCAACGCGCCCAGGAGGAUGUGGAAUGGAUGAAGGCAGAGACUCGCCGUCAACUGUUGCGUGAACGUCAACGAGAGCUUGAGUUUGAGGACCUGUAUCGUGACGAGGCGGCACGGGUAUGGGCCAAGCAAGAGGCUGUUUGGGAGAAGGAGCAGCUUGCUCGAGAGCGCUUGAUGCAGCAGGUGCUAGCUGAGCGUCAGGAGCAGAUUGAGCACAAACUGGCCAAGGUCCGUAGUGCCCAGCAAGACCUGAUUACUGAUCGUGAGACGCUGCUGCGUGCGAUCGACACGGCCCGUCAGCUGGCUGGCUUUGCUUUCCUCACACGCACCGAAACCACUCGUAUACAGCAAGAGGCCAAGGCGGAGGAGCAAGAGGCAGCGGCGCGACGCGACAUGAAGUUGGCUUGGCAAGAUCAGCUUGCUGCAAAGAUGGCCCGCGAGCGGGCUCAAGAGCGCGAGGCGGCCGAAAUCGAAGCCCUGCGUCUGCAAGAAGAGGCCACCCGCCGAGCGCGUGUGCAGUCGGAAACGGCACGCAUCACCAAUACCAGCUUUGAGCCCCCCCGCUUUGGUCGUCGUCGCAUUCCAUGGAAUUAA